AUGGCCAAGCAGCCCCCCGAGGUGAAGGCGCGACGCGACGGCGAGGGCGGGCGGCUGCCGGCGGCCGAGGGGCCGGGCCCGGGCGCGCAGCUGCGCCCCGGCGCUCCCGCCGCCCUGCCCGGGGCCAGCCCCGGCCCCUUCGCCACCCGCUCGCCGCUCUUCAUCUUCGUGCGGAGGUCGCCGCUGCUGCCGCGCUCCUCCAGCGGCUACUUCUCGUUCGACGCCGAGCGCAGCCCCGCGCCCCUGGGCUGCGACAAGGCCACGCAGACCCCCAGCCCGCCCUGCCAGGCGCUCAGCCACUGCCUCAGCGCCAUGGCUUCCCGGUGGCAAUCCCAGUCUGCAGCCGAAGAGGUGCAGCCGGAGAUCUGGAUCGCGCAGGAGCUGCGGCGCAUCGGGGACGAGUUCAACGCCUCUUAUUGUCCACGCAGGGGUUUCUUGGAUCAGCAGGUGGGGAACCCCCAGGUGGUGAUCCUGCGCCUGCUGCGUUACAUCAUCCGCCUCAUCUGGAGGCUCCAGUGAGCGCCGGGCGCAUCCCGAGCCACCAGGACUGAAUUCCUUGCUGGGAAAGCCCGGGCAGGAGGGACACAUGGAUGGAUGUGGGGCUCCCACCCUGCCUCUCCCCCAGGACACGUGGCAGGAUGAGGGUGGACAUCCCAUUCCCACGGCGGCGUUUUAUGGCAGAGUGCUGUUCACUCGCUGUUUCUCUCCGCUCUUUUUAUUCGUUCUUUUUUUUUUGCCUCUUUUUUCCCCGAAAGAGUCUCAGCGGAAACGUGGAAUAACGUUUUGUCAUCGUUCCUGGAGUCCUGUGGGAUGAGCCCCACGGCAGGAAAGAGGGAAACCUGAGCCAGCUGAUGGGCAGAGCCGUCGGAGUUUGCCUUGCAGAGGCUCGGAUUCCUCCCCUCUCCCUUUCCCUCUGGGCCGUUUGCCCCCCAAAAGGCUGGAAAAAGGGCAGAGGGGUUUAAUCAGCACUUCUUUUACCUGUAAAUACCUAAUGCUACCCCAAAUCCAACUUCAUUUGCAUCAUGCAAAUCAGCCUAUUUCCUGCUGACUGAUUUUUUUUUGGAUAUCUCUAUUUUUUUGAUCCACUCUGAAUUUCAAGACUUUGCUGUUGAACUCCAGGGUCCAAACCGUCACAACCAACCAACCAAACCCCAAGCCACCAGGUUGCCUUUUUUAAAAAAGAAAUUCUUUCUAUAUAAAACGUGUGAAAACGCUUCUGUCGUGUCUGCUAGCAGAUGUGGGGGACUGAGUAAUCCAGCAAUAAACCAUUCCGGAGGCAGGGAGCAGCUCCCGGAGCGCUGCAGCCGGAGGCGACGGCAGCAGGACCUGCUGUGAGUCGUGGCUGUCAAAAAGAGGUUUCCAAGAUCGCGUUUUCCCGGGAUCCUCUCCGCGUUCGGACGGGGAUGAACGCCCGGCUGCAGAUGGAAGGAUGCCAGCCCGACGUGGAUCCAUCCAGGACGUCCCAAGGGGAUCUGAGCGCUCUGUGUCCUCCCAGAGAACUUCCCAGCUGCUCCGUGUGGCGGGGCCGUUCCCGCGGAGCCGCGGAUCCGCACGCGUUCCCGUUGUCUCCCAGCGGAUGUUUUUGGGGGAUCGGCUGCUCCGGCCGUCCCGUAUCUAUGCACAAACCUCCCCCCUCCCUCAGGCUGCUGCAGGUGCUCCCCAAAAGCCACGGGGUCCUUGCUGGUCUCACCAGCACCGUAGGAAAAGAAGGAAAACCCCAUCCCAAGCCCCCCUCGGAGCGGUUCUUCCCACAGGGAGAAGCUGCUGAGUGCCAUGGAUGAUGAUUAGUGUUAAUUAACAAUGGACAGACCCCAGUGGGACCUCUCUGCACGGCUGUGCCCGGCGGGUCGGAGCUCUCUCCUCCCAGAGGGAGUUUUAACAUCGAUUGCCAAUUUAAUUCCCCUUUUUUCCUUGGAAGUGCAAGGUGAGCAGCGGUUGCAGGAGCAGGGAAUGUUUUGGGAAGGGCAUUUUGGAGCCCUUUGUGGGGAACCUUUGCACUGGUGGAGAGCGAGCGGUUCAAAUAACCAGGGAGCUUGGCCAGGGCAGAUCCUGCUCCUCAUCCCUUGGGAUUUGCCUCUGGCUUUGGCUCAUCAUGGCUGUGCUGCCCCAGCCAGCCCUACUGUAUGCUGCCACCAGGGAUUUCCCAUGGAAUUCCACCGGUAAAAUGAAAAUUGAAUGGAUAAAACUCGGCAGCAGAGGUGGUGGGAGGUGGGGAAACCCAAUGAGAUUUUUGUUUUUUCUGCCGCUUUUGUUCCAUCGUUGGUGGUGGAUAAAAUGGUGCUUUGGGAUCUCCCAACCUUUGGCAUCCCGGAAUGUGUCCCUUGGAGUACACCAAAGAAUCACCAAAGAGCACUUUACCCCGUCCUCCCAUGGAGACAAAGACCAGGUUCGUUUUAAGGAGAAAAAAAAUAAAAAUUCAAGGUAUUGGCAAAGUCUCCCAGGGCCUUCUCCACAGGAGUUCCCAGCCAAGAUUCAUAGGAAAAGGAACCCUCGAAAAGCGGGAUUCCUGUGGCAUCGUGAGGUUUAGUGGGAAAAAUGCCCCCCAAAAAAAAGCCUCAAAACAGAAGGAUGAUAUAAAAUAGGGAUUUCUGCUCCUUUCAGCCAUGUUGGCUGCCUGCUCUGGGUCGUGUUUUAGCGUAGCCUGUGCUCUGUGUUGCACCAAAAGGAUGAAGAGCUUUCCUUGGAAACCAGAUUGAUCCCAUUCUCGCUUCUCCUCUUUUCCACCAAACUGUAAAUACCCAAAUAUUUAUUAGAGUAGAGCACCAUACUAUUUUCAUCAUCUGAGCCAAAUAUCUGUGUGCAAUGUACUCCCUCUCCUUUCUCUCCUGUAAGUUUUGUACAGCUUUAGAAACACUUUCAAAAAACCUAAAAAAAAAAUUAAAAAAAAAAUAAAAAAUUCCUGUUCUUUUCCUACACUUUUUUAGAGUUGAAUUGGUAAAUACUGUAGGUCCUUUCUUUGUUUUUGUUGGUUUUUUUUCUCCCCCCUGUGUAAUUAAUGCACUCUACUGUUUAAUGCUGUAACUUGUAGAAAUGUUGUAUAUUUAUUUCCUGCUUAUUUAAGUUCCUGUGAAGAUUUGGUUUCCUCCCUGCCAGAAGUGUUGGAUCCCCUUCCAAAGCCAUCGCGGUGUGGAUAACAAGAUUUUAAUCUCUUUUUUUUUUCCUCUCCAAGUGCCUAAGUCCCCACUUCCCAGGAGUGAUUUAGGCACAUCAAAGACUUCAGCAUUAGUGAAAUUCAGUGGGAAUUUGGAACUUGGCUCCUCCACCCCCCCAGGGAUUGCUCCAGCCAGGUUUUCCUGGAGCAGCCGUCCCGUGGGAUCGCGUGAAUCACUAAAUCGUGUCGCAGGACCCAGCGUAUGUAGCAUUUUUGACUGCAAUUUCCCUGCCUUCCUUGUGUUUUGCACUGAUGAAUUUUGGACAGGGUAAUUGCCACUUUACUUGUGCAAUACUGCUGUAAAUAAUCGCAAGAGCCUUGUUUUUGGUUUUUUUUGGGGGGGUUGUUCU